AUGCCGAGGCACUCAAAUGGAUCAAAUCGAGAGCUCCGGAAGGCGUACUUUCACCGAAUCCAGAUUCAAGGUGACAUCGAUGCUCCAUCACCGUCCAAGCUCCCGGAAGCUUUCGCCGAAAUUUCCCCACGAGAGCCGGAGAUCAUUCCGGUAAAUCCGGUGCAUCGAGGUGGAUCUGGUCGAGGUGGUCGUCAAUUCGAUCCACCACCGAGAAGAGAAAUCCGCACACCACCAAGUCCACGAGCCAGAACUCCGCCAAGAGAUCAUCGAGGAAGUGGACGAGUCAGCUUCAAUGAUAGUGCUAAAGUGCAUAGGAAGCCGUCAACGAGGAAAAGGUCACGGUCUGCAGACGAGGGUCGUCGCCAUACUGCCGCUUCUUCUGAACGACGACCUUCAUCAAGACGAAACAGUUUAGACGAUUAUGACCGAAGAAGAAAAAGAGACGAAACACCGCCCAGAAGGAGGACACCGGCGAAGAGUCCGGCUAAGGUUCACACUCCUCCUCGUCACAGAAAUCCCCCACCCCGUCCAACUUCCAGGCGUCGGCCAAGCCCCGUGAGAAGAUCCCAUAGUUCUAAUCAGCUGUCACCACCGGUAAGAAAAAAGCAAGUUGCACCUUUGCGACGGUCAACCUCCGAUCCACAGUUACAGAUGAAACGUGGCAAGAAGACGAAAAACCCACAAAAGCCGAAAUGGAACCCGGUUGGUGAUGCCGCCGAGAAAUCCUACAUUAAUCGAUACCAACAAAAUUAUGCAUCUGAUUACUAUUUU